AUGGGAAACCGAGUAAAUCGUCGUCAACAACCAGGUCUUUCAGGAUAUGGUCAAGCCUAUGAUCCUAAUUACGGAAUGGACUAUUAUGGUGGAGCUUACGAUCCAGUAUCUUAUGGUGGUGCUUACCCAACUGGUGGUGCCUAUCCAACUGGAGGCGGCUUUCCAACUGGAGGGUACGGAACAGGAUACGUUACCACAGCCGUCGUUCCUCGACAGCCUAUCGGUCCUCCACUCGGUAUGAGUGGUUCAAGUGCUCUCGGCGGCUAUGGUUUAGGUGGUCUCGGAGGUGGCUUGGGAGGCGGCCUUCCACCUAAAAUUCGUGUCAUCUUCAUCCCACAAGGUGGUGCCGGUGCUGCUGGAGGAUGUGCUCCAUCGUGUCCAAUGCCAAUGCCACAAAUGCCAAUGCCACAAAUGCCAAUGCCUAUGCCAAUGCCUCAACCAAUGUGUCCACCCCCCAUGCCAAUGCCUCAACCAAUGUGUCCACCUCCAAUGCCAAUGCCAAUGCCUAUGCCAAUGCCAAUGCCCCAACCAGCGUGUCCACCUCCAAUGCCAAUGCCUAUGCCAAUGCCAAUGCCAAUGCCCCAACCAGCGUGUCCGCCUCCAAUGCCAAUGCCUAUGCCAAUGCCAAUGCCAAUGCCCCAACCAAUGUGUCCACCUCCAAUGCCAAUGCCAAUGCCAAUGCCUCAAAUGCCCAUGCCUCAACCAAUGUGCCCACCCCCUAUGCCAAUGCCAAUGCCACAAAUGCCCAUGCCUCAACCAAUGUGCCCACCUCCAAUGCCAAUGCCAAUGCCACAAAUGCCAAUGCCAAUGCCAAUGCCAAUGCCAAUGCAACAACCUAUGUGUCCACCAAUGGGCGGUGGUCUCGCCAGCUAUGGUGGUGGUAUGCCAAUGGGUGGUAUGCCAAUGGGCGGUAUGCCAAUGGGCGGUAUGCCGAUGGGCGGUAUGCCAAUGGGUGGCGGUAUGCCAUUCGGUGGCGCUGUCGGUGGAUUUAGUGGCGGUUAUGGUAGUGCUUUACCAAUGUUGCGUUGUUCACAAUUUUCAUAG